AUGGGUGCAGGCAGGAUUCAAGAACAGACAUGCAUUUCGAAGGUGCUGGUGCGAACAUCCGCUCAGCUCCUCCAUUUGAAGGCCGGCGGGCGAGCUACGCAACUCAACAUCAAACGUCAGGCAGCUAAGGGCUUCCAGAGUGCCAAAGAUGCUGGGCAAGCCCCGAAGCGCAACAAGAACAAAAAGAAGAAGAGGGCUUCAAACAAGAAGGUGGCCGAAAAGAAGGCACCAGCUCCAGCCCCUGAGCCCCCAGCUCCUGUGGAAGAAGUCGACGUCGAUGUUAUCGACCCUAACGAGUCAGACGAAGAUCGCGAGUUCCGAGAGCGAUAUCUGUCUGCCGAGAAGGAAGAAAUGCCGGAUUGGCAAAGCGAGAUGAAAGCUGCGAAGACCAAGGAGGAACGAUUCAAGGUUGGCUUGCGAGUGGGCGACUUCGGAACCAGUUAUACAAUUCUUUUCCAAGAAUUGAUUUCGAGUUUCGUCUCCGGAGACAAGGAGCAACUUGAUGAUUUUCUCAUGGAAGUCGGGAUUGCGCAAUGGCAGCUUGCCAUCAUCCAAGUGGUCGUGCUGGCCUUCCCCCUUGCGGUCAUCACCUAUUUUCUGGGCUUCUGGAAAUUCUGA